ACACUAGCAUAUAAAGGAAAAUCGUCGAACUGAGAACAGACCAAAGAAUGUUUUAUCUUGGCGCAGUGCUUCCAAGUAAAAUAUACUACAUAAUAUCGCUUUAAGUUAAACACCUACUCCUCCUUUCUUGAUUCUUUCUGACCCACUAAACUAAAGCGCUAGUUCACAAUGAAAAGACUCGUCUUCCUCGUGUUCCUCAUUCUCCUGGUCUGCCAAAGCCACGGCGAGGAACAAACGUAUACAACCAAGUACGACGGCAUCGAUCUAGACGAGAUCCUGGCUUCCAGCCGGCUGCUCACCGGCUAUGUCAACUGUUUGUUAGACCUGAGGCCGUGCACGCCUGAUGGAAAAGAGUUGAAAAAGAACCUACCCGACGCCAUUUCCAAUGACUGCAUCAAGUGCACGGAGCGGCAGAAGCAGGGCGCCGAUAAGGUGAUGCACUACAUUAUCGACCACCGACCUGACGACUGGGAGAAGCUCGAGAAGAAAUACAACUCCGAUGGAUCCUACAAGCAAAAAUACCUGGACACCAAAGUUAACAAGGAAGAGAAAACAAACGAAAAUGAAAAACCAGCAGAAGGAGAAACUACCGAGGAAACAAACACCGAAACAUCCAAUGAAAAGUAAGAAAACUGAAGAACAAAAUCAUGAAGAAAUGGCUAUGAAAACAGGACAUACCGAUUAGAAAGUCGCUAAUAAAAGGGUUUCUUAUAAUGA